CCGGAACAGAACACAGUUAAACCUCUUUUUUUUCUUCAGAAUUUAGUAGAAAGGGGCGAUAUUUGAUCAAGAUUUCAAUUGGGUUUGUCUUCAAACGAAAUGGCUUUCCGGCGCCUUCUCGUAGAGGUGUCGAGGCAGCAUUCACAGUUGAGGCCACUUAAAAACUUAUUUGCAUGUUCUUAUCAUACGUCAUUGAAGUUUGGAGGCAAUACAGGAACUAUUAGUGAAAGUCUUGUGCCACGUGCUUCCAACAAUCAAGAAUGCAACUUUCAACAUCCAACAUGCUCGAUGAUGUUGUCAAGGGCAUUAUACUCUUCUGAUGCGAGUACUUUAGAAGUGGGUCCCACAGAGGCUGCUAAGGAAUUGUAUGAUAAGUUGCUCAAAUCCGUUAUAGAGCAAAGAACCGCACCUCCAAACAAUUGGUUAUGGACCCUCAUAGAAAAAUGCGCCAAUCGUGAAGACAUCAAACUUCUAUUUAAUGUCUUGGAGAACCUUCGGAAAUUUAGGCUAUCAAAUCUUCGCAUUUUUGAAAACUUUAAUGACAAUCUUUGUCGGGAAAUAUCCAAGGCAUGUGUACGAGUAGAGGCUAUUGAAUUCGGGAAGAAGACAUUGUGGAAACACAAUGUUUACGGAUUGACUCCUAGCGUUGCAUCUGCUCACAGUUUACUGUUGUAUGCUAAAGAACACAAUGAUGCUAAUCUCUUGGUGGACGUAAUGAAACUCCUGAAAGCAAAUGACGUACCACUUCAACCUGGUACUGCGGAUAUCGUUUUUAGCAUUUGCUACAACACGGAAAGGUGGGAUUUGAUGUGUAAGUACGCAAAACGGUUUGUUAUGGCUGGAGCAAAAUUGCGACGAACCUCAUUCGAUACUUGGAUGACAUUUGCUGCAAAACUAGGAGACGUUGAUAACUUAUGGAAGAUCGAGAAGUUGAGAUCAGGAUUGAUGAAAACGCACACAAUUGGUAGCGGGUUUUCAUGUGCCAAGGGGUUUCUGCUUGAACAUAAACCUGAAGAAGCAGCUGCAAUGGUUCAAGUCGUCACCCAGACAUUACUGGAGGCAAAGAGGCCAGAUAUAAUGGCAGAACUCGAGAAGCUGGUUAGUGAGUGGCCUUUGGAGAUUAUAAAGCGUCGAAAAGAUGAAGACAAAAAGGCCUUAGCUGCCGGUUUGCAACAAGAUAUCUCUGCCAUGAUCCACAGUCUUUCAGGGUUGGGCGUGAAAACGAACGUAAAAAUGGAUGAUUUGACCAAAAUGCCCUUGUGAGAGUCAAAAAAUUGGAUGUUUGUAAGGCACCUUGGCUCUUCAUACGGAAAGAAUGAGUCGUUAAAUUUGACAUUUUCAAGAAACUUUAGUAUUCGACGUUAGAAUGACCCCGAUCCGAUCAAAGUUUGGCCUCUUGAAGAUGGAUGGUUAUUAACAGGUUUUGACUAUUUGAAAUAAAUAGCAAUUGCAAUA